GGAACGUGUAGUUCGUCAUCUUUAUUCUCUGCUUGAGAGACGUAAUAUGUCGGGGCUUAAUUCUAUUACUAUACAUGUCGAUAAUUCCGUCAUCGAUAUAUAUUUUUCUAUUCUGUGAUCGAAUAUUUAUAAGAAUAUUUAUUAUUUUUUACUUAUUUUCAUAAAGAUAACUUGAAACAGUAUAACAAGCGCCAAAAUGAGUCUUCCUGCUGGUAAAAGUAGCAAGGAAAGCACCAGUAAAGAAGUAUGCACUUUAGAUGUUUCCAAGGAAGCCAAAAGCUAUUUAGACAAAAUUUUAGGGGACGUAGGGAAAAAAUCUGCUACUAAACAGAUCAUAAUUGGUACGACGUCUGGAUGGGUUACCGGUUUUCUAACUAUGAAAGUUGGAAAAGUAGCAGCUUUUGCUGUUGGCGGUGGUAUUAUUAUCUUACAGAUAGCUGCGCAUCAAGGAUAUAUAAACGUCAACUGGGACAAAAUUCAAAGGAAAGCUGAGAAAUUUACGGACAAAGUAGAAGAGAAAAUAACAGGAGAGGGUCCUAGAUUCAUAGAUAAGGUCGAGAGAUUCGUUGAUAAAAAAUUAGAUAAAGCAGAGCAACUAUUAAAGAAUGGAGAAUCUAAUACAAGACGCUGGUAUCACUCUAUAACUGGUGAUUCAUCUUUCAGACCCACAGAAUUCCAUUUCUUCUUAGCUUCAUUUACAGUAGGUCUUGCACUUGGUAUUGCUACAGUGAAGUAGGCAAGAAAUUGCUGCACUCUGAACGUUAAUUGAAUAUGUAAUGUUAGUUUGUUACCACAAAAAAAAUUUCAAACAUAAAAGUAUAAAUCACAGAUAUGAAAAACUGUGUUGAAGUAGUAAAAUAUCGUAAAAAUAAUUAUCAAGCUAUGAAGCAUUACAUCAAAUAACGCAGUAAUUAUUUAGUAUUAUAAUGUUAUAUUUUUUUUUGUAUUCACAAAAUAUAUAUAAUUUAAAGAAAUUUUUUUCUAAUGCGAACGUUUACGAAUAACAAGAGUCAUGACGUUAAAACUAUAUUUGUAUAUUAAUGACGAAUUUUUUCACAUUUUACUUUUAUAAAAAGAAUACUACAAAUAUAUAUUGCAUCUAAUUGAACUCUAUGGAUAUGUUGAGGACUGUAUGAUUGUCUUCAAUAAAUAUUAGAACGUAUUCAGAAUGCAGCAUAUGCAUAUAGUUAAAUAUGCAAUAAAUCUUGCACAACAAUGUAGUACUUUAGUAUUAAUUAAGAAACCAAUGAAAGUCGCAAAAAGAGAACAAAAAAAACUGGAAAUACAAAAUA